AUGUAUGUAUGCCGAGUCUGGCGUGUUUGCGUCUAUGGUGAAAACCGUUGUCUUGUUGGCUCUGUUAGCUCUGUUGGCUCUGUUGGCUCUGUUGGCUCUGUUGGCUCUGUUGGCUCUGUUGGCUCUGUUGGCUCUGUUGGCUCUGUUGGCUCUGUUGGCUCUGUUGGCUCUGUUGGCUCUGUUGGCUCUGUUGGCUCUGUUGGCUCUGUUGGCUCUGUUGGCUCUGUUGGCUCUGUUAGCUCUGUUGGCUCUGUUAGCGCUGUUGGCUCUGUUGGCUCUGUUAGCUUCGUUAACCCCGUUGGCCCCGUUAGCCCACCGCGGCUCGAUGCGCCGGGGCUACCCAAUCUCAUAAACUCAAAUCCUCUGAACUCAAAUCCUGGCGUUGACAUAAACGCCGGCACGCGAUAG